AUGAGACAGAGGCUGAUUCGUUGCGUCGCGCUGCUGGUGAUCGCUGUGUGGCUGCCGUGGGGCAUCUUCUGGUUGCGGCUCGACGACAACGAUGCCGAGCUAGGCAUGGCUGAAACCAAAGCGGCACGCACCCCCGCCACUCCCAGGGUUAUCUUUGUCGUGGCGCAGACACGGCCGUCUCCGGGUUGGUGUCAGAUGUUGGCCAGUGCCAUCCUCUCCAAUGUGACAGUGGUGACGGUCGGCCAUGGUGAAAAGUACACGCACAGUCAACGCGUGUUUUGGGUGAUGCACUACAUCGAGGCGGCGGGACUCCGAGACGAGGACGUGGUUGUCUCGUACGAUGGGUCAGACACGCUUCUCAGUGGCGCUCUCACUGUUCAGCGAGCGGUGGAUCGAUUUAUUGCCACAAGCCCCUCCUCGUUUGAGACCUUUGUAUCUGAAGCAGUGCACGGUGCGGAGGCGACUGCCCCGCUCCUGUUUACGGCGGAGGGUAAUUGUUAUCAUCCACAGUUGACCGGUAGCGUUAAAUGGGGUCUUUCCAAGGGAAGAUGCAUUUCGGCGUACAAGCGCGUUGAGGGGGUUCUACAACAGCAAAAAAAAGUUUUGGUUGGAGAGAGACGCAAUCGCUUGCACUUCCUUAAUGCUGGUGGCUAUGUGGCCCGUGUGUGGGCCUUGAAACAGGCAUUCAUGGCGUACCGCACUCUGAUUCGUAUCCGGAAACUGUGGUGUGAUCAAAGUGCCUGGGGGAUGUUGUAUUUAUGGAGCAUCUCUAGGGACACCUCUGUGACUCCAACCGUGCGUCUUCCGUUUGGCCUAGUGGGGCUGGACAUGCACAAUAGCUUCUUUCUUUCCUUGCAUGGCAUGUCUCUGGGGAAGAGCAUACGACUGAUUAGCCCCUCCGCCAUUGACGAAGCUGUAGUGAGAAGUAAACUGCCAUUUUCUCUUUUUUUUGACCUUCUCGACUUCCCUCAUGCUACACCUGCUGUUUUGCAUUUCAACGGCAUUGGACGCAGAGGCGCGGUGCUUCUUGAAACUCUGCGCAACCAUACCUCGUGGUUUGUGGAGACCCAUCGUAACGAGGCUGCCUUGCUUAAGGCGAGGGAAUGGUUGAGGCAGGGCGCGCGUGUGAGUUUACAUGGCAUUGGUGGGAAAGGGAAGGAAGUUCUCUAUGGUGACGUUUGUCGUGCUGGUGCAUUUCUGUAG